UCCGUCCGUAUGCCGUAGCCGUAUCGUUAGGGAGAAACACGUUACCUAUCCCGCGUCCUCGCGUCCUGUACUCACGCCCACGUUGUCCGCUAUUACCGCUUUCCGGUGCAAUUGACAGUAUUGCUUUUCGUGCGCACAUUUCGUCACAUUGCGGUGUUCUUGCGUCAACCGGCUGGUCAGUGCCUAGCGGCCACCGCGAUUAUCGCAAGGCAGUGAACACGUCGUCCGCGUUUGUGGUUUCGCGUCGACUGUAGCCGUGUUCGUCGGCAAAGCAAUAAUACUUAUUGUACCUACUAUAGCACACUUGCAGAAAUUGUCCACGAUUUUAGCGGUUUGGAAAUCAUAACCAGGUACUGUAGAAGCAGCACAUUAAUCCAUUCUAUCGACGCCGCACGGGUGGACAUGGCGUAUCACAUGAUGGACAUUACUUCAAAAACUAUGCCCAAUUCUUCUGCGAGACACAAGUCAUGCAAUGCUACAAAAUGUCUGUGUCCUUUUAAAGAAAAACGAAAUUAUCAAAUAGAAUAUGGAUCAUGGGAAAUAGUAAUGUGCCACAUUUGCAAUUCAUAUGGAACACAUAGAGUGUGUAGUUUUCUUAAAUGUUUCCAUGAUUGGAGCUGUAAAAAUUGCAUUGGCAUUAAAGAUAGUUUGAAUUUUAAUGGUAUAUCAUCUGAUAUACGUGAAGAAAAAAUGCUGUCUCCAAACAAAAAUAUGGUCAUAGAUCACAUGGAUGCCUCCUCAGAAACUAUACUCAACAAUUCUAUAGAGCUCUCAAAAAGGCAUGGUUGCAAUGUUAAAAAAUGUCUUUGUCCUUAUAAAGAAAAACAAAAUUUUCAAGAAGAAAUUGGAUCAUGGGAACUACUACUAUGCCACACAUGUGGUUUUAAUGCAACUCAUAGGAUAUGCAGUUUUGUUAAAUGUUUUCAAGUAUGGUACUGUACAGCAUGUCAAGCCGAUUCAGCAGCAAUUAUUAAAUAAUCUAAUUUUAAUUUCAUUUAACAGCGAUAAUAAUAGUGUACAGGUAUAAACUUCAGACAAUGGGUUAGGUCAAAAAAACAGAUGCAACAUAUGAAUCAGGCAAUAAUUGGACUGUCGGGUGAUAUUAUAUUAUAUUAUGCUUAUUAUGUUCAAAAUUAUAAAAAAUAAUACWAAUUCAUUGAUUUCCCCUGCAUUAGGUUUUUUGCUAUUUAAAUUAUAUAAACUACUUGCUACUAUUUUCUGAG